UCGAGGACUGUGGGGCACUGGGGCUGGAUGGGGCAUCUCCUUUGGAAACUCAUGUUGAGAAGGAGCCGGAAUCAUCCCAGGGGAAGGCCAGAGAAGGGAACAGCUCCUCUGAGCCCCUUCCCAGCUCCCCUACUUUGGGCCAGACACUGGGCUGAAUGUGCCCAUUGCGCUGAGUUUGAGACUAGCUGAGGGAGCUGCCAAGGCAGGAUUAGAACAUGAAGUCCAGCCUGACCUACUGGGCAGGGGGAGGUGUAAAGUGGCCCUUGAAUGUGGACCUUGCCUGAGCUGGGAAUGGAGACCCAUCUCCCUCUGUGAGUAAAGCAGCCCACUCCUUGUCACCAACCACCUUUAUUAGCACUUAGCCUUUUUUCCCCCCAGCAAAUUCAACAGCUUCAAUUCAAGCUUUUGGCGUGAAUUGACUUGGUUUCCCUUCCCAUCUCCCUUCUCUCUCUUGUUCCCCCUGACUUGUUCCUCAGGGUACCUUAUGGGAGAAUGGGUGUCUUAGGGCAAGGUGGUGGGGAGGGAAGGUGAAGAAAUUGUCAUCAAAGACCUUUCUCUGAGGUGGAGGGAGGACUUGGGCCUGGUUCUUAGAGGAACAGUCUCUUCUCUUUGGGGACCAGGAGUAAGAGGUUUUGGGUUCUGGUUUUGGGUCCUCUGCUUAAUUAGUUGGGCUUCUUGGGAAAAUUAUUUUAUCCUCUCUGAGCUUCUGUUCCUCAUCUUAGAAAUGGGGUUAUGAAUCUACGUGUGCUUCACAGGGCUUUUAUAUACAUAUGUUUGUAUACGUAUGUACAGACAAGCUUCUGUAUACAUAUGGUUAAGGAUAAGUUCUGCCCCCUACCAUAGUUCUGGCUCAGAUACAAGUGACCAGUACAGGGUGGUCCCCAGAAAGGCCUCUGUUUUGCUUAGUGGGUUUUGCUCUAAAUUAGCAACUGGAUGACUCAGCAGGCAGAUGGGAUGUGCUGGAGGUCACAGUGUCCCCCGCCCUGUGUCUGGUCUGUAUUCCAGGGUGGGAAUCUAGCUCCUGGGAGAGAUGGACUUUGAGGGGCUUCUUCCCCUUUCCUCCCUACCUCACCAGGGCCUGGGGCCUUACUCUGGCCUGAGGCUAAGUAAACUUGCUGGCCUGGCUCUUGGCCUGGUGGAGUGUGUCAGUGUGUGUUUAUGCGUGAGUCUGGAUGUUGGGGAGAUCAGAGUCUGGGUUGGGGGAGACGUGGAGCGGGGGAGUAAGGCCAGCAUUGUGCAAUUCCAGCUGUGUUCCCCACAGGUCAGAGAACUGAAGGGUGUGUGUCAGUGUCUUUGUGGCACUAGCACUUGGAUUUGGGGCCACACCAGUGGUAUUCCUGGUCUCCUGUCCAACUGCCUUCGUUCCAGGAUGAAUGUGGUUAUGAGUGAGCUAGUUUGUGUAGAGGGAGUAGAGACAGGGUUGUGGCCAAGAGUCCCAGGGAAAAUGCCACCUUUGUUUUGCUUUACCAUCUCUCCACCAUCUCCACCCAUCAUCUCCAGGCCCUUCUGUGCUGGCGAGAGUGCUAUUUGAGAUCUCCCUUCCAUCCUUCCUGCUGGGCCUGCCCUUUUCCUCCCUCUUGAGAAGAGCUGGGAUCUGGUUUUAUCAUCUGCGGGGCACCUGGAACAGGUAGAGCAGGACCCUCUGCAGCCAUGUCAGCCAAGGCGAUUUCAGAGCAAACGGGCAAAGAACUCCUUUACAAGUACAUCUGCACCACCUCAGCCAUCCAGAACCGGUUCAAGUAUGCCCGGGUCACCCCUGACACAGAUUGGGCCCGCUUGCUGCAGGACCACCCCUGGCUGCUCAGCCAGAGCCUGGUGGUCAAGCCAGACCAGCUGAUCAAACGGCGUGGAAAGCUGGGGCUAGUGGGGGUCAACCUGACUCUGGAUGGGGUCAAGUCCUGGCUCAAGCCACGGCUGGGACAGGAGGCCACGGUCGGCAAGGCCAAAGGCUUUCUCAAGAACUUUCUGAUCGAGCCCUUCGUCCCCCACAGUCAGGUAGAGGAGUUCUACGUCUGUAUCUAUGCCACUCGAGAAGGGGACUACGUCCUCUUCCACCACGAGGGUGGUGUGGAUGUGGGCGACGUGGAUGCCAAAGCCCAGAAACUACGUGUCGGUGUGGACGAGAAGCUGGAUCCUGAGGACAUCAAGAAGCACCUGUUGGUCCACGCCCCUGAGGACAAGAAAGAAAUUCUGGCCAGCUUUAUCUCUGGCCUCUUCGAUUUCUAUGAGGACCUGUACUUCACCUACCUCGAGAUCAACCCCCUUGUUGUGACCAAAGAUGGCGUCUACAUCCUUGACUUGGCCGCCAAGGUGGACGCCACGGCUGACUAUAUCUGCAAAGUGAAGUGGGGUGACAUCGACUUCCCUCCCCCCUUCGGGCGAGAGGCUUAUCCAGAGGAAGCCUACAUUGCAGACCUGGAUGCCAAAAGUGGAGCGAGCCUGAAGCUGACCUUACUGAACCCCAAGGGGAGGAUCUGGACCAUGGUGGCCGGGGGUGGCGCCUCUGUCGUGUACAGUGACACUAUCUGCGACCUGGGGGGCGUCAAUGAGCUGGCGAACUAUGGAGAGUACUCUGGUGCCCCCAGUGAGCAGCAGACCUAUGACUAUGCCAAGACGAUCCUGUCCCUCAUGACCCGUGAGAAACACCCAGAUGGUAAGAUCCUCAUCAUCGGAGGCAGCAUCGCAAACUUCACCAACGUAGCUGCCACGUUCAAGGGCAUCGUGAGAGCAAUUCGGGAUUACCAGGGACCUCUAAAAGAUCAUGAAGUCACUAUCUUUGUCCGAAGAGGUGGCCCCAACUAUCAGGAGGGCUUACGGGUGAUGGGAGAAGUCGGGAAGACCACUGGGAUCCCCAUCCAUGUCUUUGGCACUGAGACUCACAUGACAGCCAUUGUGGGCAUGGCCCUGGGUCACCGGCCCAUCCCCAAUCAACCACCCACAGCGGCCCACACUGCAAACUUUCUCCUCAAUGCCAGCGGGAGCACGUCGACCCCAGCCCCCAGCAGGACGGCAUCUUUUUCUGAGUCCAGGGCUGACGAGGUGGCUCCUGCAAAGAAGGCCAAGCCUGCCAUGCCACAAGAUUCAGUCCCAAGUCCAAGACCCCUGCAAGGAAAGAACACCACCCUCUUCAGCCGCCACUCCAAGGCCAUCGUGUGGGGUAUGCAGACCCGGGCUGUGCAGGGUAUGCUGGACUUUGACUAUGUGUGCUCCCGAGACGAGCCAUCGGUGGCUGCCAUGGUCUACCCGUUCACUGGCGACCACAAGCAGAAGUUUUACUGGGGUCACAAGGAGAUCCUGAUCCCUGUCUUCAAGAACAUGGCAGAUGCAAUGAAGAAACACCCGGAAGUAGAUGUGCUGAUCAACUUUGCCUCACUCCGCUCAGCUUAUGACAGUACCAUCGAGACCAUGAAUUAUGCACAGAUCCGGACCAUUGCCAUCAUAGCUGAAGGCAUUCCAGAGGCCCUCACAAGGAAGCUGAUCAAGAAGGCAGACCAGAAGGGAGUGACCAUCAUUGGACCUGCCACUGUUGGAGGCAUCAAGCCUGGAUGCUUUAAGAUUGGGAAUACAGGUGGGAUGCUGGACAACAUCCUGGCCUCCAAGCUAUACCGCCCUGGCAGCGUGGCUUACGUCUCGCGUUCAGGGGGCAUGUCCAACGAGCUCAAUAAUAUUAUCUCCCGGACCACGGAUGGUGUUUAUGAGGGCGUGGCCAUUGGUGGGGACAGGUACCCCGGCUCAACGUUUAUGGAUCAUGUCUUACGUUACCAGGACACUCCAGGCGUCAAAAUGAUUGUGGUUCUCGGAGAGGUAGGAGGCACUGAGGAGUAUAAGAUCUGCCGGGGCAUCAAGGAAGGCAGCCUCACCAAGCCCGUGGUCUGCUGGUGCAUCGGGACCUGUGCCACCAUGUUCUCCUCCGAGGUACAAUUUGGCCACGCUGGAGCAUGUGCCAACCAGGCUUCUGAAACCGCAGUAGCCAAGAACCAGGCUCUUAAGGAGGCAGGAGUGUUUGUGCCCCAGAGCUUCGAUGAGCUUGGAGAAAUUAUCCAGUCUGUGUACGAGGAUCUUGUGGCCAAAGGAGUCAUCGUACCUGCUCAGGAGGUACCGCCCCCGACAGUGCCAAUGGACUACUCCUGGGCCAGGGAGCUGGGCUUGAUCCGCAAACCCGCCUCAUUCAUGACCAGCAUCUGCGAUGAACGAGGACAGGAGCUCAUCUACGCGGGCAUGCCCAUCACCGAGGUCUUCAAGGAAGAGAUGGGCAUCGGUGGGGUCCUCGGCCUCCUCUGGUUCCAGAAAAGGUUGCCCAAGUACUGUUGCCAGUUCAUUGAGAUGUGCCUGAUGGUGACAGCUGAUCAUGGGCCAGCCGUCUCUGGGGCUCACAACACCAUCAUCUGUGCUCGGGCCGGGAAGGACCUGGUCUCCAGCCUCACCUCAGGGCUGCUUACCAUUGGGGAUCGUUUUGGGGGUGCCUUGGACGCAGCUGCGAAGAUGUUCAGUAAAGCCUUUGACAGUGGCAUCAUCCCCAUGGAGUUUGUGAAUAAGAUGAAAAAAGAAGGAAAACUGAUCAUGGGCAUCGGUCAUCGAGUGAAAUCGAUAAACAACCCGGACAUGCGCGUGCAGAUCCUCAAAGGUUACGUGAAACAGCACUUCCCGGCCACCCCGCUGCUCGAUUACGCCCUUGAAGUAGAGAAGAUUACCACCUCAAAGAAACCAAAUCUUAUCCUGAACGUCGAUGGUUUUAUUGGAGUUGCAUUUGUAGACAUGCUCAGAAACUGUGGGUCCUUUACUCGGGAGGAAGCUGAUGAAUAUAUUGACAUUGGAGCCCUCAAUGGCAUCUUUGUGUUGGGAAGGAGUAUGGGCUUCAUUGGACACUAUCUUGAUCAGAAGAGGCUGAAACAGGGGCUGUAUCGUCAUCCAUGGGACGAUAUUUCAUAUGUUCUUCCGGAACACAUGAGUAUGUAACUGAGCCAGGAACCCUACUGCAGUAAAAUGAAGCCAAGAACUCCUCCCCUGGGAAACAGUGCACAGACAGCUGGCACUGGAGCCUACUAUAGGAUGGGCCCGGAAUGUAAACAGCUGCUGGUGUACCGGUGCCGAAAACCAGCUCCAACAGGCUAACACCAUUCAGUCUACACAAAGAAGCUUGAUAUUUUUUUUAUAAGCAUAGAAAUAAAAACCAAGCCAAUACUUGUGAUGUUUGCUUUGCUACCUGCUGUAUUUAUUAUAUGGAAGCAUCUAAGCAUUGUCAGGAUAGUGUUUUUCCUCAUUGUAGGGCGUUAUUUUUUCCAUUAGUUAAAAAAAAUAUUUCCCUUGGAGAAAGAGAUUAAAACUUAAAUGGACGUCGAGAUACUGCAUUGAAGGUACCCCUAAUCUUUUUUUCACUUCCCUUUCUUCCUCAUUUAACAUGAAGAACAUUGUAUUACCCUGAUUUUUUUAAGGAUCUUUUCGUAUGUUACGUGUCAGAGGUUUGUUUGAUAUCCCGCUGAAACUUUCCAUGUUGCAGAUCUGCAUCUGAUUAUGUCAGGGGGAUGGGACCAUUUGCAUCCUUAGCCGUUGUCACAAAAUAUGUGGAGUAGUAAUUUAAAAUGUGUAAAGUUGUAACGUACAUAUGUUUAAAAUGGAAAUGCAAAGCAAAAAGCUGUGAAAGGUCUUGUCUCAUCUUCUCUGUACUUAUGCGUCUGUUACUAAAGUGUGGGUCCAAGGACUCUUCUCCAGCCAGUUUGCAGCUGUAAUUCGCAAAGAUUCUGGGCAGCUGCCACCUCAGUCUCCUCUGUAUUAUCAUGGUUUCGUUUAAAUAAACUAUAGUAACGAUGAA